AUGAGCUCCAAAUACGACCGUGUGAAGGUGCGGGUGCAUCUUGGUGCUGACCACUAUUACACGUUGUCACGCUUUAUGCUUUCAAAGAUGCUGACCUUCUGCAAGCUUCCCACGACUGUGUCAGUAAAGGUGAGCCUGGAGGUGAAGAAACGCUUCGUUGAUGAGGAGAGGCUCGAGAUAGCCCAGGCGGAGCUUCAGGAGGCUACUUUUCUCAUCAUGGCACAGUACGGCUAUGGUGAGGCACACGCAAAACUCUUCCCUGUCAUGACACGCUUCUAUGUUGAGCGUGUUCCUCUUGUCAUUCUCAUUGCAGGCAGUGGUUACUGUGGAAAGACCGCCAUUGCACAUAGUCUGGGCUCGAGGCUCAAUACACAUAAUGUUGUUAGUACAGACGUACUGCUGGAAACACUUACUUCUGUCUAUAACGCGUUUCCCGAAACGUGUAUCUGUGCUGGAAAGGAUAUAGGCUGUCAGGCUUCUUGGCCUCAGCCCGAUGAACAGGUCCUGUGGAUCUAUAAGACCGAUACGGAAGAGGAGUUUGUUUUGGCAUGGCGUGCGUGGUCGGAAGCGAUACGUCCGCUUGUUGAGGAGGAGGUCAAUAAAGCUAUAACAGAGGGCAAGGUUCUUAUUCUGGAAGGAAGUCUUCUUAGUCUUGCCAUGUAUAGGCCGUACCUUCUGCGUCAAUUUCAGCGACGUCAUGGUGCCAUUGUUAUUGCUUUUUACGUCAGUUCAGAUGAUGACUCACGUAGAUUUUCCGUGGAGCGAUUUCUUGCUUCCUUUCAUACUCUUCUCCCGACGUCCUAUAGGAACAAUCAGCCCGCUGCAGUGGCGUGGAUGAUGCGGCGUUUGGAGGCUGUGGAGGCCAUUGAAAGUCAGUGUUUCGGUAACAAUGGUGGUGGUGGUGGCAUGCAGAGGCGUUGGAUUUCUUCCAAACGGGACGGCAGCUCCAUGUCAGCCACACGUGCUGCAGGAGACGGAAAUGAAGUGCGCGCUACUGAUGGUGAGACGGGCCUCUCGUCAUCGGCAGCAUCUCCGGGCGCAGAGUCGCCGGAAGGAACCGAGGAAACCGUUCAGGUGCACUGUGUCACGUUCUCCGUGGAGAGACCGUCGGAGCCCCCCGAAGUGAUGCAGGACCUCGUGCUAGAGAGAAUCAUGUUGGAGCUUCGCCAGCGGCAGUCUCUGGUGUAG